GUAAAUUUCGAGAAUAAGGAUAUGAGUACAAAACCCGAAUGUGAAGCACUACUCACUGAUUGGAUUCAUGAGGCUGCCUUCAACGGUAAUACGUUAGGAUUUCCGAAGUAUUGUCCAGACAAGAACGUUAAGAAGAUCCAACGAGAGCACGUUUUGACAUACAUGAAACAAUAUCAUACAUUGGAUCGAAUGGUUGUGGCAGGUGUUGGCGUUGAUCACGAUUUAUUGGUGAAUGCGGCUGAGGAAUUGUUCGAUGCGUCGAGAACAACUUGGGCAAACGAUCGGUCGGCUUUACUCUCGAAUGAACCACCUCUCGACUAUUCCACUGCCCAGUAUACUGGCGGUGAUAAACGGGUUCUGAAAGACCUAAGCAAUAUGGCAUUAGGUCCGUCACCGUUCCCGAAUUUGGCACAUUUUGUGAUAGGAUUUGAGAGUUGUGGUUAUAAAGACGACGAUUUCGUUGCAUUCUGUGUUCUGCAAUCGUUGAUGGGUGGCGGGGGGAGUUUUAGUGCGGGUGGGCCUGGAAAAGGAAUGUACACGCGUCUUUAUGUGGAUGUUUUAAACAGGUGUCAUUGGAUGUACAAUGCAACGGCAUUCAAUCACGCUUAUGCAGAUUCUGGUCUUUUUUGCAUACAAGCGUCCAGCGACCCAUUGCAGUUAUUGAAUACAGCCUGCGUGAUCGUUCAGCAGUUGCUACGACUGCCCGAUGGUGUGGGUAGAGAUGAAUUGGAACGGGCAAAAACCCAACUGAAGAGUCAGUUGAUGAUGAACCUUGAGGUGAGACCGGUGAUGUUUGAAGACCUAUCGAGACAAGUGCUUGGGCAUGGAUAUCGCAAAAAACCGUCCGAAUAUAUCGCUAAAAUCGAUGCGAUAAAAAAUGAAGACAUCAAACGUAUCGUUGAACGUAUGUUGAAUACGGCACCGUCGGUGGUUGGAUACGGUGACCUGAAGCAGUUACCUCCUUACGAAUCUUUCGAUAGGGCAUUCGCAAGACGGACACACGUCGAGUUGAUACCGCGUUAA